AUGGAGAGACGAGACGAGCUCCAUCGCUGCAGCAUAGCCAAGCAGACUAUACUCACCACGCACCCAAGCGGUCUCCAAACCAGAGUAUCAGUGGAACUUGCGAACUUUGACGCCCUAUGCGUCCACUCUGAAUGCAAAACCAAAAAACCAGCAUGGGACAGUCCCUUUCUGAACAGAAGGGGCGUUUUAGGAGGAGUUUCAGCAAAUGUUACUCCUAUCCUCGGAAGGAGAAGUGAUGUGGUGAACGAAGGAAGGCUGUCUCAGCAAUGCACGCCGGUUAUGAGGCGCAGGGAGGUGGAGAGUCCCGGGGGGUCUCCUCUGCCUAUAAGGAGGGAGUUUGAGGAAGAGGAAGGUUGUGAUGUGGAUAAUAGUGUCAUCAGUGGGUGGUUGAAGUUCCGGGACAACAAAAGGAUCACGAGGUCAUGGAGGUUGGAGUUUUCUACCAAGAACAUUUUAGUACCAGCCUGGAGUUUGGAAUUAGCGGUGCCUAAUCAGCACGGGGAUGAAUCCAACCCCGUGCCUCGGAGAGCACGUUAA